AUGCAAGAUCUCAAACUCCUGCAGCAUUAUAUUCUACAUACCUCAUUGCGGAUGACUCUAAAUCCCGAGAAAGCUCUAGUGUGGAAGCUUAUCAUUCCCGAUAUUGCUUCUGGAGCAGAGUAUCUGAUGCAUUUGCUCCUAGCGUUGGCUGGACUCGACAUGUUGACAAAUCAAUUGAAUAAUCCCAACUUAACCAAGGAUAACGACUCAUUGACUCGGCUAAUCAUAAGUCACCAUCAAAAAGGAUUGAAGGGAUUUCAGCAAGAAAUUCAAUCGCGUCAAGAAUCAAAUUCUGAAGAGUUGUUAACUGGGACAUUCUUAAUCAAUGCAUUUGCAUUUGCGUCCCUCCAGGUGGGGGAUUUGGCUCCCAGGGACAGUCCUUUUGCGGAAGCGGAUGUAUCGCAUGGCGCUCCAGAAACUCCUGAAUGGCCUCGAUCGCAAUGGCUACAUUUAAUACGAGUCUCGUUCUCACUCGGGGGACAAUAUUGGAUGCAUCUCCAAAGAGGUCGACUGAGAUCAUUAUUAGUCUUUAACAAGUCCAAUGAUGACUGGAAACACUCUAUACCAGAUUUUGUUCCUCUAAUGGAGUUUUCCAAAGGCACUUUAUCGGCGAGAUUGUCAACUUUCUCAUCAAAUGCCAUCCAAGCUAUAUCUGAUCUCCGAGCAUUCUCGCACAUGCUGAAAGCGACCAUCACCCCACCUUCUGACACCCCUGAUUCUGGCUCAGGUGUGAUGAACCCCACAUAUUGCCAGGAUCAAGAUAAAGCCAUCGACGUUGUGGAAACGAUGUUCAUGCGCAUUUUACAUGUUCUUUGUUUACGUCGGACGGGAGCACAACCUUCCCCAGAGCUCGAAAUUCAGUCCGAGAUUGAGGACGCAGCAAUUGCUUCGUGGCCAACUCUUGUUGACGGUGGAUUUAUUUCGUCAUUAGACUUGGCGUGUUCCUUUGACUCAGCUCAAGGCAUGUCCUUGGUUAUUUUGGCACAUCUUUACCUAACCCUUGCACUGCUUGACAAGAUAUGGUACUUUGGGGGUAUUUUUGAUUCGGAGAUCAAAAAGAUUGCUGCUCUAGUCAAUCAAAGCCGUGAUGAUGGGAUUGUCGCACUGAUGAAAUGGCCCAUGCAUGUCAUUGAGCAGUGA